AUGGACCAACGUCGAAGUAUUCUUGUGUUCCUCGACGAAGUCCGAGCGGCUAAUCAGCCAGUAACGUCUCACAAUAUCUUGAUGUUGGCGCGUGCCGAGGAACUACGAGUCGGCGUCGACUUGAAUCUGAAUGGGUGGAAGCUGGAUCGGUUGAACUACGUUGCCUUCAUUGUGAAGGUGCCCAUCAGGCCAAACGCCAAAAUUGACAUCCUGCCGAACCCUCUGCGCCCCUUUGUCCCGGGCGAGGAGUCACCCCCUUCUAUCGGACCCAGGCGAGUCGACAGCAUCGCCGCAAGUUUCGGAUUUGACGACAAGACCGCCUCCGAGUUGGGUCAGCAGAAGACACUGAGCGUCAUCCCUGCCAAUCUCUCCCGCACCGUAAUGUACAACGAACUGGUGCACAUCGCCUCCAAGUGCGGAGUGAAACCUGACAAGGAUGUACCGGAAACGGUUCUCGUACUCAACGGUUUCUUCCAAUCUGCGACCAUGUCACGCCUGUUUCGUCGGACACUCACCAAGAAAACGCAGUACAUGUCCAUUGGCGCGGACCUCAACUCGCUGAUCUCUCGCUGGGCUUUGCGGCCCAUUUGGAAGACAGGAGGACUGGUGACGUUUUCACCUACCUUUUUCCUCUUCCAGCACGACCGCCUCAAUGAUAUCAUGAAGGUUGUUCGCUCGGCGCCCAACUGGGCGGCGUACAUCGUUCCCACGACGCUGUUAUACGUCGAUGAGGCGAUUGAACAGAACAAGGCGCUCGACCCUAACAGUGCCUUCGCUGCGCUUACGCGGGCACUCUUUUUGGAUGACAAUAACCGGCGAAUAGCGGGUGAAAUAUCCUCGGACACAGGCGGCAUCGUUGUCUCAGCAGCGCCGCCGCUCCUGGCGCUGAAACAGCCUUGCGAGAAGUGGGUGAAAUGGCUCGACGACAUCUUCGCGUGCACCGAACAUGCGCCACUGCUUGACCUCUGCCGCCAGUGGGCCCGGACGUGGGGCCACCGACAAACGGGUCUCACAAUCGAGGAAGUUGAGAAGAUUUCAAUUGGUGACAUGAUAAAAAUGCGCACCCUGCCACACGUCGUUCCCUAUCGCCGCUGCAUCUACGUGGGCAGCAUCAACGACGACCUCAUCCGCGAGGCGCACGCGAGUGGCAUCGACGUUAUCUCACCCGACGCAUUCUUCUCGACGUAUAUGGCCUCGGUGUAA